GCUCUGAUUGGAUGCCCAAGAAGGACGGAGGUCGCCUCAUUGUGACCACGUGGCUCCUUGCCUCCUUAGUGUUCAUGUCCUCGUACGGUGGCAUCCUGACGGCCAUGUUGACGGUGCCUCGGGUCACCAUCCCCAUAGACUCCCUGGCUGAUCUAGUGUCUCAGUCUGACCUGCCCUGGCGCCUGGAGGCUGGUUCUAUGAUGUUUCAAUACUUCCAGGAGUCUGAGGACAAGGUACGAAGGAAAGUAUUCACUGAUACUGCCGGAACCUUCCCUGACUGUUGGGCGUCGCGAGAAGACAUCGCCAGUGGGGAGUUUGCUGCCAUAUGUGAUAGGACCACCAUGAAGAAGGCCAUGUCCUGGGACUUUAGGUACUCUGUCACAGCCUUAC